AUGCUCACCAGUUUUCCUCGUUGGCGUGUGAUCUUCAGGCGUCACCUCAAUAUCGUCUUAUGUGUUACUUGUGUCGUAUACGGCUACAUCGACCUAUUCCCGCUGGCCACCACCAUCAAAAUGCCUCCUGCUUUAUGCAAAGGAUGGCUUCUGUGGCUGGAACUCGCACUUCUCGGUGUCGCAGGUAUCUUGAUACCUCUGUUGACCCCGAGGGAGUAUGUUCCCGUUGAUCCCAAGCAUCCAAUGCCCAAACCGAACCCGGAACAAACGGCUUCAAUUUUCUCUCUGGGAAUGUUUUUCUUUCUCGAUCCGGUUGUCUUCGAGGCAUAUGGCGUCCCUCACCUCCCGUAUGAACGGUUACCUCCACUGGCGGAUAUUGAUUCAAUUAAACAUCUCAAAGGAAUACACUUUCGACAUCUCGAUCCGUUUUCUGGAGCCAAACCGCAAAACAUACUGGUGAAUCUGGUUAGAAGUUUUCGAUAUGAAAUCAUCAUCCUCUGGACACUAGCUGCCUCUUCUGCUGUUGUUUUAUUCGGAGAACCUGCUGCCGUAAAUCAAUUGCUUAGGUAUCUUCUUGAAGGGGCUUCUAGUAGUAUGAUGCGUGUUUGGUUCUGGAUCUUGAUCCUUUUUCUCGUCACAUUUGUGGAUUCGCUCCUUACCGAGUGGUAUUUGCGUCUAUCACUGCAGACUGUCGUGAACCUGGAAGCACUCUUAACCCAGCUGGUCUUUGAACACGCUCUCCGUAUUCGUGUCAAAGCCGAACCAUCAUCAUCAUCAAUCGAUCUGGACUCGGAGGCAGAGAAGGGACACAAAAAGAACAACUUGAAUCUGGUCGGGAAAAUCAAUAAUCUAGUUACUACCGACCUCACUGUCAUCAGCGAUGCGAGAAACUGCAUUGCGCUUAUUUCUGAGAUUCCCGUUUUACUUUCUCUAUAUGCGGUGUUCCUCCAUAAUAUCUUGGGAUGGAGUGCCUUUGUAGGAAUUUGUUUAACGAUAAUGUUAGCUCCGAUCCCAGCUUAUAUUUCAAGGAUCACUCGGAAAUACCAAGCAUUGCGCAUGAAGAAAUCAGAUGCUAGAGUUCAUGUGCUCACCGAUAUCAUGAAUAUCCUUCGAAUGGUCAAACUCUUCGGCUGGGAAAAGCGUAUGUUUUGGAAAAUCUCUGAAGCUAGAGAAGAAGAACUUUCAUUGCUCAGGAAACGGCAGUACACCAACUUGUGGGGCUCUGUUUCGAAUUUCUCAAUACCAAUUGUGGCCAUGGCAGGGACUUACGCAGCCUACACAUUGAUAAUGAAACAAAACCUCACUGCUUCCGCCGUUUUUUCUUCCCUAGUUGUAUUUGAGAACCUUCAGAGGUAUAUCAAUGCGAUAUUCAUGUAUUGGACAAGAGCACUUGCUGCAAAGGUCUCUUUAGAUCGUUUCACAGACUUUCUACUUGAUACCGAACUACUGGAUAAUCAUAAUCCGUCUUCCUCUUCGACUCAAGCUCUUAACGUUGGCCACAGCAACAUCGUGGAAAGUUCUCCAGACGAAAUAGGAUUUUGCAACGCGUCGUUUUCUUGGUCCAGUAACACUAAUGGGACUGAUACUCCCUCUGGUAGAAAGUUCAUUCUUAAGAUCAAUGACAAGCUCUCUUUUAAGAGGGGCUGUCUGAACUUGAUCACUGGACCGACUGGGUCAGGAAAGACUUCGAUGUUGCAUGCACUCUUGGGUGAGAUGCACUUCAUCCGCUCAGGACCCGAUUCGUUCUUUCAUCUCCCACGACAUGGAGGUGUAGCGUAUGCUGCGCAGGAAUCUUGGGUGCAGAAUGAAACUAUUAAGAACAACAUUCUAUUCGCUUCGGAAUACAAUGAGACGCGGUACAAGGAAGUAAUUUACGCAUGUGGUUUAGAACGAGAUCUUGAACUAUUCGACGCUGGUGAUGAUACUGAAGUUGGAGAGAAGGGUAUAACACUCAGCGGGGGACAGAAGGCUCGUUUGACACUAGCACGGGCUGUCUACUCCUCGGCAAAUACAUUGUUAUUGGACGAUGUGCUGGCCGCUCUCGAUGUUCAUACUUCGAAAUGGAUUGUUGAGAAGUGUUUCGCGGGCGAACUUUUGAAGGAUCGGACAAUCAUCAUUGUGACACACAAUGUCCGACUGGUCGAACCCCUCGCAAGUUCUAUUAUUACAAUGAAGGAUGGUCAAGUGUAUGAAUCACGCUUCUAUUCUCCUGCUCCGAUCGAGGAUUUGCACGAAACUCUGCACAACAAUGUAGACGGUAAAGAUCUAGUAAAUGCCUCUCCGAAAGGCGAGUCGAAGUCAAAUGGCAAACUCGUUGUCCCCGAAGAAAUUCAGGAAGGUCACAUAAGCAGGAAUUCAAUAAAACUGUACAUAUCGGCCGCUGGCGGAAAGCAUCCAGUCCUGUAUUUUGCGACUUUGUUGGCAAUGAUGGUUUUGACUCAAUUCAUGGGUGUCGUACAAACGUGGUUCCUUGGUUUUUGGUCUUCCCAGUAUGAAAUGCCCGGGAAGGUCCACGUCGCGUUUUACCUUGGUAUUUAUGUGAUCAUGCUGUUUUUUGUCAUCAUUUUGAACGCCGGUACCACUGGAAUAUAUAUCUCCGGUGCUAUCAGAGGAUCUCGAAGGAUUCAUAAACAACUUGCAGAAAUGAUUCUUGGAACGACAAUCAGGCGGGUUCAUUCACAGACGUUUGUGAUCAACGACGCUAAUGUUUCCAGUAGAUGGCUCGACAAAACUCCCACUUCUCGUAUCGUUACUCGUUUUACACAAGAUAUCAAUGCUGUUGAUACGUUCAUUCCUGAAUGGGCCAGAUUGUUUCUUGACCAGACUUUGAAGCUAAUACUCAAGCUUGCUGCGAUCGUCAUCUUAUCCCCGAUAUUCUUCGUUCCCGGGGUUCUAGCUGUCGUUCUUGGAUAUACUUGCGCCCGGAUAUACUUGAAAUCUCAGAUGUCAGUUAGGCGCGAGAUGUUAGUGGCAAAAGCACCUGUACUCGGACAUUUUGGAGCCACAAUCUCUGGUCUCACGUCAAUCCGUGCGUACGGAGCACAAAAUAUGAUCACGGAACGACUAUCUAGCCGGAUCGAUAGAUAUUCCCGUUCUGCGAGAAUAUUCUACAAUCUUCAACGUUGGAUGGCAUUGCGAAUGCACCUCAUCUCGGCUUUGUUUAUUGCCUUAUUAGCAUGGUACUUGGUCUAUGUUCAGAAAGAUAGUGCUUCCAAUACAGGCUUUUCCAUUAAUAUGGGUGCAACAUUUACCGGCGCUAUCUUUGGCUGGAUCAUUAACAUGAACAUGCUUGAGGGUCACAGUACUCUUGAGAGGGUAAAUUCUUAUUUGCAAAUCGAGCAAGAACCAAAGCCAACUGCACAAGGGACGCCUCCGGCGUAUUGGCCUGCUACUGGAGAGCUUCGCGUUGACAAACUAUGCGCAAGGUACUCGCCUGAUGGUCCAGAAGUCCUACAUCAAUUAUCAUUCUCUAUAAAGUCCGGUGAGCGUAUUGGCGUUGUGGGUCGGAGUGGUUCAGGAAAAAGCUCCCUUGCCCUUUCAUUGCUACGCGGCAUCUAUACCACUGGAGAAGUCAUGUAUGAUGGGAUUUCUACAUCUCUCAUGAAUUUGGACUCUUUGCGAUCCAAUGUUACCAUCAUACCUCAAGUACCGGAACUUAUUAGUGGGACUCUACGCCAAAAUCUUGAUCCCUUUGAGGAGAUUGAUGAUCUGACCUUGAAUGAUACCUUGCGCUCUGCUGGGUUAGAUGCGUUGCAAGAGGAUAUGGCUGUGAACGAAGACAAACUUUCUCUGGAUACCGUAAUUUCUGGCGGCGGAAGCAACCUCUCAGUUGGUCAAAGGCAGAUUGUAGCUCUUGCAAGAGCAUUAGUACGAAGAAGCAAAUUGCUCAUUCUUGACGAAGACUACAAAACGGACAAUAUCAUCCAGAAUUACCUUCGUAAGGAGUUAAACAAAGAUGUGACUCUAAUUACGAUUGCUCAUAGGCUGCACACAAUCAUGGACUAUGACAAAAUUAUGGUGUUGGAAGCUGGAAACAUUGUUGAAUAUGGCGUCCCCUCGGAAUUGUUAACACAAGAAGAUGGAAAGUUUCGGGCCCUCAUUGAGGGAUCUAAUGAUAAGGAGGCACUGUAUGCAUUGUCUCAAGUUAACGCUCAUAGCUAG